AUGAUGGCAGAGCGUCAGACGGAGGCUGCGUUUGAAACGACCGGAUCCAAGUGGCUGCAGCCCGUCAGUGACCAGCUGGGCUUCCCCCUGGAUCAGGUGAACUUUUUGGCGUGUCAGCUGUUCGCCCUGGCAGCCGCCUUCUGGUUCCGGCUCUACCUCAGCCCUCGCCAUGCCAACCCUUUGGUCAGACACGCUGUGGCCACGCUCCUCGGCGUCGCCUUCCUCAUCUUCUGCUUCGGAUGGUACUCGACUCACAUCCUGACAGUGGUGGUCACAAGCUACGUGAUUAUGGUUAAAGCUGAUAUCGACAGUGUGCACAGGUACUCCAUGGUGACGGCUAUGGGCUUCCUGACUGUGUGCCAAGUGAGCCGUGUCUUCAUAUUUAACUAUGGGAUACUGUCCACUGACUUCUCUGGGCCUCUGAUGAUAGUAACUCAGAAGAUCACCACACUGGCUUUCCAGCUCCAUGAUGGUACGUGCAAGAAAUCUGAACAGCUGACCCCGGAGCAGGAGCUUCAUGCAAUAAAGGUGAGGCCGUCUCUCAUCGAGUACAUGAGCUACAAUCUGAACUUCCUGAGCAUCCUGGUGGGGCCGUGCAGUAACUAUAAGGACUACAUAGACUUCAUCGAGGGCCGACACGUCAGCCAGAGGCUCAGGCAGCACUCGGGGACGUGUAACGGACAGAACGGCUACGACAAGACGCCAAACCCGUCACCUCUGAAUGCUGUGUGUCAGAAGCUGCUCGUCUGCUGUGGCUGUUUGCUGUUCUUCCUCACUGUGACUCGCUCGUUGCCCAUAACGCACAACGUGGACCCCCACUUUGUCAGCCACGCCCCCUUCCUCACCAGGCUCACCUACGCUUUCUUCUCCAUACAAGCAGCCAGGCCCAAGUUCUACUUCGCCUGGACACUGGCCGACGCUGUGAACAACGCUGCAGGUUAUGGUUUCAAGGGGAUGGAUGAAAAUGGAAAGCCAUCAUGGGAUCUCAUCUGCAACCUCAACAUCUUUCGAAUCGAGUCUGCAACCAGUUUCAAGACUUUCAUUGACAACUGGAAUAUUCAAACAGGAAUUUGGCUCAAAACUGUGUGUUACGACCGAGCCCCCAAGCACCGGUUGGCGUUGACAUUCAUCUUGUCUGCCCUGUGGCACGGCGUCUAUCCAGGCUAUUAUUUUACAUUCAUCACCGCCAUCCCCAUCACCAUGGCAGCACGAGCAAUAAGGAAGUCGGUUCGUCACAACUUCCUGUCCUCCACAGACUUGAAGCUGUUUUACGACAUCCUAACCUGGGCGGCCACUCAGCUCGCCAUCUGCUACACUGUCAUGCCUUUCUUACUUCUUGCAGUAGAGCCCACUUUGGUUUAUUACAGGUCUAUGUUCUUCCACGUGCACAUCAUUAGCAUUCUGGCUGCGAUCGGCCUGCAUCAGAAACACAAAGCCAGGGACCCCUCUGCCACCACCAAAACACACUUAGCCCAGUGCCAGCCUGUUCACUCCAACAACAACGACAAAGUAGACUGA